UAGGGUUAAGUGUCUUGCUAAGGACUGUCUUGCUGGUACUGCUAAGGACCUGUGCAUUGUACCUGUCAAAUAAACAUCACAAGCCAUCACACAGUUUGUACAAAAAGUGCCUAUUGUGCCAAAUUCAACCUUUUUGUUUGCGUUUUCAGGUCUCCAUAAUGACCCAACCUAUGAUACUGAGGGUCAUCCUGGGUGAAGACGAUGCCCGAAAAAUCGUUCUGCCAGCAGGGAGACCAGACUCCAUCGAGGAAUUGAUAAAGACGUUAAAGCAAAAUUUUGGAUUGGACCAGGACUUUCGUCUACAAUAUCAGGACGCCGAUUUUGGGAUGGAAUUUAUUAAUCUUUCAGCGAUCGCGGAAAUUGACAACAAAGCCACCUUAAAGGUGGUCUAUUUGCAUAAUUCUUCUGCAGAAGAAUCAAUUACGCUCCAGCUAGUACCUGUUGAGCACCUUGAUGCCUCAUUUUCCUCUGUUGAGCACCUUGAUGCCUCAUUUUCCUCUGUUGAGACGGAAAAUACCGAGCCUGCUUCAUCAGCUUCAUCAGCAUCGUCUUCACCCUCUGCACGGCAGAGGUCUUGGCCGAGUGUUUUCUCUAUCCCUCAAUUUAAUUAUGAGUCUGAACUACAGCUCGAAAAAGCUGAUGCUGAAUACAGCGCAAGAGGGUCUCACCUUAGCCUCCAACCAAAGCUUAAAUCUCACAUCCUGGAACGCCUGUCAGAAGAAAUUCUCAAAUUCAAAGCCUAUCCCACUGACUACGAUUUGAAUGAAGUUGCAGAAGCACUUGUGAAAAAGCAUCCAUGUUUGAGGGAGCAAGGAUCCUUCAAUGGCUGCUACGGGUGGAAGAUAAGCCUAAAAUACAAAAUGGCAAACUUCCGGUCCAAGCUGAGAGGCCUGGGAUACUCUGAGGUAACAAUCAAUUCCCUCAAGAACAAGAACCAAGACAAGCGUUCGGCAGCGCUGAAUGUCAAAAAGCCUAGAAGGGCGGAAGUGAAUUACUGUCCGCAGCAUCCAAAAGGAGAAACCACUGAGAGUCUUGAGAAGGAAAGAGUCGCACUGCUUUCAGAAAAUAAGAAGAGGAACAAUGACUUUGUUGUGACAUUGAAAAUGGAGAACACAUUCUCAUACAGGAGGCAGGAAAUCCUUGAAGGAGAGCCCUUGGUUACAGACGUCAAGAGCAGAUGGCCAGCUCUGUUCAAUGCGAAAGAGAUCAAUAAGGAGUUCCAUCGCAUAUCAACUGUACCUCUUAUCUCAACAUUCUUUGCUGCUCUUGACCGGUACACUCCCCGCCUGAUGGAGUUAUUUCAGGGCAAGGGUGGAGUGCAAGGAAGAAAAAUGAGCCAUCUCAUCAUGGACAUUUCCAAGGACGACACAAUUGAAACAAAACGUGCAUGUGUCCUCAAGUCCUUGUUCGUCUACCUGAACGAAGACCCAGAUAAAUUAUUCAAGGAUUAUAUGAACACAGACACCGAGGUCAGCGCCUGCAAGGCACAAACUGUGCUGGGAGUCUAUGCAAUGAAAAGGGAAGGCGCGGAGCCUGGAGACGAACUAGAGGACGUUGGCGUCCUCAUCGAGGGAGAGGAGGUGAUCAGCGAUCUUGGCAACAUCGGGAUGGCCUUCGUGCUUUUAUUUGGACUGAUUUACUGCCUUAACUUAACCUACCCAGCAGACCUCAAGUGUACAUUCGAAGUGGUACAGAAAAUUCUUCUCAAUCUGGAUGGGCAGAGGCUGUCCUCAAAGGCACAGUUCCUAAAAAAUAAGCUGAUGGACUGAAUUCCCUCCAGAUAGACAGUCUGUGGAGAUUUUUUUUUAUUUUUAUAAGUUUAAAACUAGUUCAGAGGGUCUUUCAUGUUUGUUGAGCAGAGAAUCUUUUUUUGAUGGUGUGUGUGUGUGUGUGCGUGCCUGCGUAUGCGUGCCUGCGUCUGCGUGCGUGCCUGCGUGUGUGUACCUGCGUUUUUUUUGUGUGUGCGUCUGCAUGCCUGCGUAUGCGUGCCUGCGUCUGCGUGCGUGCCUGCGUGUGCGUACCUGCGUGUGUGUACCUGCGUGUGUGUGUACCUGCGUUUUUUUUUG